CAGAGAACGUUUGCAAGGUCGGACAGCACACCGGCACCGUCGCUUGGGCGGGCCAAGCACCAUGACGAAGUUUGCCCUUAAUUGAAGAGCAGCGCUAUGGACGAUGAGCAACUUCUGAAACAAGUCGAUAGUUGGUUGGAGAAGAGUGCCAUGUUCGCGUAAGUUCGCCCCGCGCUUUUGAGCCGCCUUCUUUUACCAAUCUGACACCGCUAUGUCUCUUUUUACUACUGGACACCAACCACGGGUUUUCCGGGAUUCCCUGUACAGCGUUGGUGUGGCAACUUGUUGCCUUCCGACCUGUAUUGCACCAGGGUACUGGACGCGGAGAUCUUCUUGCGGCUUCCUGUGUAGCACGCUCUUGCGUACGUAUGUCCUAUGCCUGACAAGUUCGUGUUGAUGCUGAGUUGUCACGUGUCUUGCAAUGCUGACUACAGGCCCUAACCGUACCAGCUGUCUUGCCUGUGUUUUCCAUGGCCGCCGUCCGCUGCGGCAACGCCUGACGUGUGCUCUUUCUUGCACCGUGUACUCCGACAGGCAAGAUAGCAUCCCCGCGGAGCUGCCACGCAUGGCGAAGCCGUCCCAGGCAUCGGUGCUGGCCUCGGUUCGCUGCUUGGCAGCGUUGCCAGCAUGCAGCCCUGACACUGGCCCCACUGAAGGACGGACCGUCGGCAAUGUGCCAAUUGUACAGCUGAGCAGCAAGGACCUGGAUCACCAUGCUAAGCCGACUCACUACCAGGCGUUCCUCCACCGCAAGGUGGCAUCCGCCAUGGCCGAUGUCCAAAAGCGUCUGCGCCUGCUUGAAGGCAGGCCCGCGGCCUCACGCCUGAGGGACACAGCAGCCAGGACAGCGCCCACAUCACCUGCAGGCGACCCGUUCGCGCUACUGCAGCCAUCUCCUGCUUGGACCCACUCCGGGGCAGCAGCGGCCGCCGCCGUUACCGCUCCCGUUGGCUCCCCGGGCAGCAGCGCUCCAGCUGCUUGUGCGGCACAUCGCCACAAGAGGUCGGCUAGUGAGGCCGGCAUCUUUACCGCCGCCGCCCAGCUGCCUCCGGCCCUCCGGCCGCCCUCCAGCGUGCGGCCUACCACGCCCGACAUGUCCGACGACUGUACGACGCCCACGGCCCCUGCGCCGCAGCCCAGCCGGGACUGGGGCGCCACCGGGGGGGAGGUCUCUGUGGAGCAGCGGCGAUCCAUGUCCGGCAGCGCUGCGCCUGGCGAGGCUGCAGCCGCGGUGACCUCCCUCUGCUCCGGGCAUCGGCCUCAUGGACAAGCACCUCCUCCGCCGCCACUGCCGCAGCGGCAAGAGCGGCAACACAGGCAGCAGCAGCAUUCGGGACGCUGUGCAGGGCAGCAACUUCCCCAUCCCCAGCAGCAGCACGCGCUGAGACCCGCGGGCGCGGCAUCGGCGCCAGCGCAUGCUGCAGGCGGCCAGGCGACGCAGCUGCCCCGCGGGAACGCGGCGCCUCCCGGUCCCAGUCCAGGAGCCAUGGCACCAGUGCCGUCCGUAGCACAGGCGGCCGGUGCCUUUGCAGGGCAGGCCGGCAGGACCCAGGCUGCAGCUCAGCAGGCAUCAGCCGCGUCGGGCCAACAGCCGCAGCGGCACCCGGUCCCAGUGUACGGCGGAACGUUGCAUCCUCCGCCGCCGCGCCACCGGCCGACGGCAGCUCUGCAGCCCCCCGUUAGGCCACCUCAGCAGGCCCCACAGCCGCCGCAGCAAGUUACAGGACCUGGAAGCAUGCAGGCAACUCCACGCCAGGAGGAGGGUGCGCUUGCACGCUGCCAACCGCCCUUGCUCUGUGACUUGCCGGCUCCGUCGUUAACCCUGCAGCAGCUGGUAGCACGUGGAACUUACCACCAGGGCGGCACUGCUGCGCGUGAGGGUGCCCGCAAGCAGCCCCAGCCCCCGCCUCAGUCCCAGCAGUUGGAGCUCCAGCACCCUAGGAUGCAACCGAGAGGACAGCGGCCAGAGGAGCAGCAUGGCACUAAUAAUCCGCACCGCAACCUCACGGAUGCGUUGGAGGCUCCAUCAAACGCCCGCUUGCGAGGAGCGCUUGAGGCCACCGCUGCAGCCGCAGCCGCAUGCUACCACCGGCAGCUGGCAGCCCUACCCGCUAUGGACCAAGUGCUGCGUAGCUGGCCGCUGGCAUCCCUCUCCCAAUCCUUUUGUCGUGGGGGCUCCUCCGGUGUCAGUUCACUAGCUGGCAGCGGUGCCGGCGCUGCGCUCCCGCACAGCCCCACGGCCGCUGACCAGCCUCCGCAGCUGGAGAAGCGGCCGCUGAUGCGGUACGUCCAGACGGCGCUGCCCAGGCGUACGGCAGCUGCGGAGCUGGACCUGCAGGCGCUGCAGCGGCAGCGGGGUGGUGCCGUACACCUGCCGUUGGCUGCCUCAGCGGCGGCGCUGCCUGCUGACACCUGCCAGUCGCGGCAGGACCUGUGGGAGCUCUUUCUCUUCCACCUCAGCCAGCUGGAGGCAACGGGGCCAGGGCCGUCUCCGCAGGCAGUGCAAGCGGCGUUUAGUGAGAACGAUGAGCGGGAUGCGGUGGAGGGGUGGAAGGUCGGCAGUGGCGCCAACGCAGGUGCUGUUGGCCAGGCUGGCGCGUGCACAUGCAGCUGCCAUACUGGAGGGACACAGGGUGGGGAGCUUGCAGACGUCGCAAUCGACAGCAGCAACGACGACUCUGAUGUGUACAUCACGGAUGAGGGGCUCGUGUGCCUGUCCUCCUUAGCUGUCGCACCGUACGGUAACAGCGGCUGGCAGCUGCCGUUCCUGGUUAGGCAACGACAGCUGUUGGGCGAGGGAUGUGCAGAGGAGCCGGAGCUCACCCCCAGUUCCGCAGCAGCUGGUUCUGGGACCAACCCGCCGUGCCCCAGCUGCAGCCCCCUUUGUGCACGCGCACGAGCACAACAACCUCCGCUGCACACCCUGUACUUUGCGGAACCGCUCCGGGACGCCUCCGGCAUGCUGUUUGACGCCUGGGCGCGCACAUGCACGAAAGCGCUGGUGGCUGCCGCCAGCGGCUCAGGAGGUACCGGUGAGCAGGCCCAUGGGGUGCAGCAGGCUGGCGCGUCUGAGGCGGAGGACUGCCCAUGCUGCCAGCAGGACGAGUGGGCGCUCGGGGGGCUGUCGCUGCUGGUCCUUAGCCACUGCCACGUCGGCUUGGCAGGUGCGGGUGCACAGGGGCACUCGGCUGUACAGCCGUUGCAGCUACUGCCGCUUGCAGCGGCGCCGGCGGCAGGGAACAAGGAGGCGCAGGGCCGAAACACGCAAGCUGCUGCUGCUGCUGCCGUAGCGGCGGCGUUGCGGUCUCCGGGGCUAGCCUGCGGGGCACAGCUGCUGUCAAGCUGCGCCUCUACGAUGGUGGCAGUCAUCGACCCCAUGGAUGGACGUGUGCUGGCUCAGCAGCGCGCGGACAACGGAGCGCUGGCACAACUGUUGGUGGAAGGGAGCGGUGACGAGCAGCUGCAGCGGCACUGGCGACUGGUGCUGGACCUCUUCUCCAAGCUGCGUCGGCUGUCGCCCGGACCCUACAUGCUGACGAUGGACGCGACCAAUCAAGUCCUGGAGCUGCGAGGAGUGCGCGCAAACAGCAAUGUACACGUUGUGUAGAUCCGUGUACUUGGGUCACGCAUGCAUUGUGGCUGCAUAGCUUAAGCUGCAAUGUGUAAGCUGCACAAAAUCUUCAUGCUGUUGACAUUGUUAACAAGGGAAGUGUUUGGACGGCGUGAUCAGAUUCGUUGGUGUGGCUUGUAUGCCGGCAUAUUGUAAUGUCAUUUGUUCACUUGUUGGCGCGGCAUGCGUGAGCGACACUCCUUGUGCUUCCAUGAGUACAAUAGUACUAGCGCUCGGCGUGCGUUAGCGUCUUACUCAUGCGGGAACAGUUUACUUGUUGUUCAUUUAUACUCUGUAAACUACUGGUUUGCUGGUUUGCUCGUGUGUGGUUUCAGCCGUGAAGAUUGUUAGCAACGCACGAAACCCCAACCCAAUUACAGCAAUAGUAUCUUCAAAAGUGCGAUUAACUGCAAUCUAUAGUUGUACAGGCCCUUUGGCAAGGCGGAGGGUCACGGACAAGCGACCCAACGGA